CGGAUCUGCAAGCGUCAAUGGGACGAGAAGCUCGGGUACCUGCUCAUAAGGGUAGUUAGUGGACUAAUAAAUAAAUCAACGUCAUGCUCCCCUUCCUGAGGGCUCGAGCUCCGCCCUUUGUUCCUCACCUGCGUGGCCGGCCUUGGACGUCACGAUCCCAUCCCACUCCGCCUCCUUCCUUCCCCUUCACUCUUUCUCCCCUCGACUCGCCCGGCUCCUCUGUGCCGCCCGCGCCUCUCUUCACCAGGCUCGCUUGCAUCUGCGAUUCCUUGGGAAGUUAUUCGCAAGUUAAAAGCCCAUACACGCGCCCGACAUAUAUAUUCUAGGGGCAACGCUCACAGGGGCAAAAAUGCCUGCCAUGGCCCCCUUGUGGAAGUUGGCAACAGCAGCCGCUGCCUCAAGCCUGGCUGUCAACGCGCUCUAUAUCAAUGGCAGCGAGGUCACGCCGUGUGACUCGCCCAUCUACUGCCAUGGAGAACUGCUCAAGCAGGUCGAGCUUGCCCACCCAUUCGCCGACUCCAAGACUUUCGUGGACAUGCCAACGAUCAAGCCGGUGAAUGAAGUCCUCGCAGCCUUUGACAAGCUCCAGAAGCCGCUCAGCAACAACACGGAGCUGCAGAACUUUUUGCGCGAGAACUUUGCCAAGGCUGGCGGCGAGCUGGAGGAGGUGCCCAACUCGGAGCUGGCCACCGACCCGGUCUUUCUCAACAAGCUCAACGACACGGUCAUCCGCGAGUUUGUCGAGAAGGUCAUCGGCAUCUGGCCCGAGCUGACGCGGCGCUACAAGGGCCCGGGCCAGUGCAGCGAGUGCGCCAACAGCUUCAUCCCCAUCAACCGCACCUUUGUGGUGGCCGGCGGUCGGUUCCGCGAGCCGUACUACUGGGACUCGUACUGGAUCGUCGAGGGCCUGCUGCGCACCGGCGGCGCCUUCACCCAGAUCUCCAAGAACACGAUUGAGAAUUUUCUGGACCUGGUCGAGACCAUCGGCUUUGUGCCGAAUGGCGCCCGCAUCUACUACCGCAACCGCUCCCAGCUCCCUGUGCUGUCGCAGAUGGUGCGGGUCUAUGUCGAGCAUACGAACGACACCAGCAUCCUCGAGCGUGCCGUGCCGCUGCUGAUCAAGGAGCAUCAGUUCUUUGUCAACAACCGCUCGGUAGAAGUCACCAGCCGCUCCGGACAGACGUACACCUUGAACCGCUACGCCGUGGUCAACACUCAACCCCGCCCCGAGUCCUUCCGGGAGGACUACAUCACGGCUAACAACCGCUCGUACUACGCGGCGUCGGGCAUAAUUUACCCGGAAGCCCGCCAGCUGAACGAGUCGGAGAAGGCUGAACUGUACUCGCACCUUGCCAGCGGAGCCGAGUCCGGCUGGGAUUACUCCACUCGAUGGCUCGCCAAGCCCAACGACGCGGCCAAGGAUGUCUACUUUCCCCUGCGCUCGCUCAACACAAACAACAUGGUGCCCGUCGACCUCAACUCGAUCCUAUACGCCAACGAGCUCGCCAUCUCGGAGUUCCUGAACCAGACCGGAAACGCGACCGGCGCGGCCGAGUGGAAGAGGACGGCCGAGCGCCGCAGCGAGGCCAUGUUCGCCCUCAUGUGGAACGAGACGCUGUGGAGCUACUUCGACUAUAACAUGACCUCCAAGGAGCAGAACAUCUACAUCCCGCUCGACGACGACGCCACCGCCUUCGAGCAGACCACGGCGCCGGCCGGCAAGCAGGUCCUGUUCCACGUAGCGCAGUUCUACCCCUUCUGGACCGGGGCGGCGCCCGCGCAGCUGCGGGACAACCCGCUCGCGGUGCAGCGGGCCUACUCGCGCGUCGACGCGUACCUGGGCCUCAAAGGCGGCGCCAUCCCGGCCACGAACCUGCGUACGGGCCAGCAGUGGGACGAGCCCAACGUGUGGCCGCCGCUGAUGCACAUACUGAUGGAGGGCCUGACGCGCGUGCCCGCCACGUUUGGCGAGUCGGACCCGGCCUGGCUCGGCGUCCAGGACCUGGCCCUGCGCCUGGGCCAGCGCUACCUGGACUCGACCUUUUGCACCUGGUACGCCACGGGCGGCUCGACGUCGCAGACGCCGCAGCUCCAGGGGCUCACGCCCGAGGACACGGGCAUCAUGUUUGAAAAGUACGGCGACAACUCGACAAACGUGGCCGGCGCCGGGGGCGAGUACGAGGUGGUCGAGGGGUUCGGCUGGACAAACGGCGUGCUCAUCUGGGUCGCCGACCAGUUCUCGACCAGGCUCAAGAGGCCCAACUGCGGCAACAUCACGGCCGCAAACGUGCACCCCAGCGGCGGCCGGAGGAAGCGGUCCCUCGAACAGAGGAGCGCGCUCGAGAUGCACUCAUCUGACGCCGCCUGGAUCAAGCGGUUCGGACGCAAGGCGGCCAAGAGAAGCCUGGGGAGGACGGCCGGCCUAGGUGGUGGCGCCGUGUAAUGGAAAGGGAAAGUUCACUCAGGAGUUGACAUUAUCAAUGUAUAUCUCAACCAUAGUCAGACAAAAAAAAAAGUUCAACCCUAGC